AUGAGAGGGUGUCGUCAUCGAUCCGAGCACGAGCUGGCUCACUCCCCACCUUCACAGGGCAGGCAGUGCCACUCUCAGGAGGAACCAGUGACCUGGGAGUCCUCCAGCAGCCGGGGAACUCAGAGCCCCCAGGCUUGUCAACAAGAGGAAUGGUCCCUCCACACGGACAGCCACUCAGGCAACAGCGCCAGGAAGCCUGAAAUUCACGACACGUCCUGGGGCAGGAGAAGAUGUACCGUGCUCGGUGAUACAAAAAGAACUGGCAGCAACCUGGGGCACCACACUUCUUGCCGGACAGCCUUGCACCUCGAGACCCUGCCUCAUGGGCGGGGCUUCGUAUCCUGGGUGAUGGAUAGCCAUACCUGGCAACUUCACCUGACAAGGGGACAGAAAGCACAGGAACACUUGAGAUGUGCGCUUGGUCUCUCACUGAAUAACACCGAGGAAAAUGUUUCACUGGGGGAAGGCCUGUAUCUGAACCCAACUACAUCCAACCCUUACAGACAGUUACCUACCUUUCAAAAGAGUGCAGCAAAUCAGGCUCAGGUGCAUGUGGGUGACUUUCUGACUCAGCAUGCAUGGCUGGUAGGGGAUUCUAUUUGGGCUUGA